GAAGUGCACCCAAACAUGACUUCGCCCCUUUCCGUUCAGUUUCCGUGAGGGUCGAUCGUCACUCUUUUGUUUGGGGACGGGCUCUGCGGGAAAGUGCGUGAAUAAAACAGGCUGGGCUAGCCGUAGUGAUGCUGUUACAGAAACGCUAAAUCGAUCCAUUAAAUUAAAGUUUUUGUUGCCCUGCUGAUACGUGUUGCUAACAUCGAUGUUAGCAGCUAGCUUCUGCUUUUAAAUGCGAUUCACUAGAAUGGACCUGUUGAACCCUCAGUUCCUGGACAAGAUGAACAACAACAUCGGGAGACUGCACUACGAAGAUGAGUCCAGGACCCUCUCUCUUCCCUCUGCUAUGUCCAACAUAUCAGGGCCUCCUCCACACUGCCCGAGUAAGCGAAAGUAUGGGGAAGAACAAAUGGAUGAUCGAGUCAACUGUGAUGAGGACCAUAUGACCAAAAUGAGCAGACUGUUUGCAACUCAGCUGGCACGUCCCUCUGCUGGAGACAACCGUAAUGAGCACUGGAGCCUCAGUCACACUCCUGUGGAGCACGUUACUUCCUCCUCCAAUGGUCUCCAUGGCAACCACCUGUAUGCCUCCAGUUCUAGCUAUGCUGUAGACCAGCCUCUAGCCUUGACCAAAAGCAGCCAUGACCUUGGAGUUGGGAGCAGAGACAGAUCUGUCAUGAGUGGGACUGUAGAGCGGCAGCAGAAUCGUCCCUCUGUUAUUAUCUGUGCUCCUGCAAGCAACCGAAAUUGUAACCUAUUGCACUGCCACAUGAACGGCUGCUCUCCCAGCCCCCCUACUGAUCAGAGGAAGGCCAAUGCCAACACCAUCAGCGAUCCCGUGAUUGAGGAGCACUUCCGUCGCAGCCUUGGAAAAAACUACAAAGAAGCAGAGCCUGUCUCAAACUCGGUGUCCAUCACGGGUUCAGUGGAUGACCACUUUGCCAAGGCAUUGGGAGAUGCCUGGCUCCAGCUCAAGGCCAAGGGUGGGGGUCAUCAAACCCCAGAGGCAGAUCCAUGAAGCAGAGUGGAGUUUAUGUUACAAACACUUCGUUAAUGUUUGCAUAUGAGAGUGGAGUUAGUCCACUGUCGACUCUUGCCAAGCAUCAACUUCCUUCAGCCAUGAACAUUAUAAGACUUACGGUGCUCUCACAGGCUGCCCACCAUUUGGACCUUGUGGUCAACCUCUUUUUGAACAUUUGGCUCAGAUUUGUAUUUAAAACUUUGACCUCAUUUGGAGGGUAUAAAAACUUCUGUUUAGUUGGGUUAACAAUGUUACAUUUAAGGAGGGAGAACAAUCACAGACUUUAUUUUUAAUCAUGAGACUCACAAAGCGUUUGGUUGUUUGGAGCACAUGUUUUAUUUCCUCUAUCUGCCUUGAUAGCCAAAGACAUACCCUCCCCUUCUCAUGCACAUAAAAGCCAUAAUUUGGACUUCACUUUUUACAUGCUAAAUCACACCUCUUCUAUUAACUUGAGGAGGCUAGCCAGAGCUUACUUGUACUCUUAUGUUCCAGAUAAUUUAGGGUAGCAGGUUACUCGACUUGAGUGGAACAAACGUGUUAAAGAAAGCUUCUUGUGUGUUUGGUGUUUUGAUAAUGUCAUUAAGGCUCUGACACCCUGCUUUCUCAAGACUAAUCUGUCUUUAUUGAUCCUGAACUGGACUUAUUCACUGUCAACUAAAAUUCUUUAGUGUCAUUUCUGUAUGCUCACUGUGGCUGAUUACUUGGUAAACUAAUAUUGAUCAUAGUAGAUUUGUCUAACUAGAAAGCAUGUUUCAAAUAGCUGGGUUCUAUUACAAACCUUAUUCUAUACUAUAUAUUUACUCAGAAUUUAUUUUUUAUCUUUAACAUUUUAGAAAUACUCACUGCUGGCACAGUUGUACUCAAUAUAUUUCUUUUUGUAUCCGGUUUUCAUUACUGUACGAAGGUGUGCACCUUGGCAUCCACCUACCAAUCACAGCCUCUGGCCAGGUUGUGUGAAUGCAGUUUAAAAGGCUGUAAUGCUUUGUUACUCUCUGGAGCUGGGUGCUGUGGAUUUUUACAUGACUGAAAACAGCUGAAUUUGACCCUCUGUAGCACAGUCUGCUAGCAGCGGCUUUAUUUAUAAUGAACAGGUCAAUGGUUUGAUUUUUUUCCAAACAUAGUGAAAACUAUAAUUGUUCUUGCUUUGAUUUUUCCCCUUUAAUAAGAUGAACCAAUUGUCUCCUUUGCCUUUUUAACAAAGCAGAUGUUUCCACCAACAUGUAACUAGAUUUCUACCACAACUUUAAUUAAUAUUAUACCAUGGCUGCCUGACACUUAUCUGCCUCCUCAGUUGGGUUUUUAAUCAGUGCAGUGUCCUAGUGAGAACUGCCAAAAUCCUUUUUCUAUUUUUUUCAUAUAAAAGUGAUGGUGAGUCACAAAGUUUAUUUUGUGCACUUGAAUCUUAUUUGAAUUAAUCUCACUCUUCCAAAAUGCUCUACUUUAAAGUAGUUGUAGUGAACCUGUUUGUCAACACUGAUUAAAAUACAGUAUUGUAAAUUUUCUUUUGUUAACGGUAUGUGAAAACAUAUACAUUUUUUAAAUAAUGUUCUAUUUGAUUUAAAUUUUAAAAUUCACUAUCCUGUCUUUGUAUUUUAUUUUACCCGUAAGACUAUCAUUGCGCCGUGCGGAAUGAUCUCAGAUAUUUCUUUACAGAGAAAUGCAUUUUUUUUUUUUUUAGCAUGAAUGAUUAUCUUCUAACCAUGCUUUCCAAAAGUUGACUUUCUUCCUUCUACUGUCAGCUGAUGAAUAAAGUGCAGGAACACAACAGUCUUUACAUUCAGUGUCAGAAAGACUUCUGUAUUAACAUUUAACAAAGUUGUUUAGCUUUCUGUAUGUAUCAUAGUGGAAUUGGGGGAUUGACAUAAAAUCUGCUUGUUUGACACAAGUCGAUCAGUUAAAUGUUUGGGGUAUUAGUCAGUUUUUAUUUAAUUUUUUUUCAGUCAGAAGACCUGUAUCUCAAAGACUGUUCACCAAAAGGUUAAGCUCCAGGUGUUCAUCAACACGGGACAAAGAAACACCUGUUAACUUGUCUUUAUUUCUCUGGAAGAAAAUACCACUGUUUUGUACUCAAAUCUUUCAAAUAAACAUACAAAUGCAAACUUGA